AUGGUCAACGAGUCAAACUUCAAAUACGAUCAUUUCCCUCACCUACAACCAUCUUCGAGGGAUAUAUCAAUCCCUAGAUUUGGCAGACCGGUAGAUAUAAGAGGAGCACCCAAACUCAUCAAAUCCAUAGCAUGGUCUUGUGAUGGCAAACGUGUGGCUGUAGGGACGGAAUACAAAGGUCUGAAAGUAUACGAAGUGCGAACUGUUUUUGAAGGAACGGGGUUCAGUUUACCUUCGGGUUCGAAACAGAGUCCACAUAAUGGGCAUGUUGCUGCACUGGCUUGGUCACCGGUAGAAGGGAAUGUGUUGUUGAGUGGGUGUAAAGCUGCUUCUGGGGGUUCCUCGGUGGUUCUAUGGGAUGUUACUUCCCCCUCUGCACCCAUUGCAACGUUCAAAAUCCCCGGAGACGUUUUACAUGUAACUUUCCACCCAUCCGGAGAUCAUUUCGCUGUCGUUUGUCCUAGAUCAUCGUUUGACGAGGUGUUGUUCUACCAUCGCAUGAUGGACGACGGGAAGGAAAUAUGGAAGAAAAGAGACGAUAUAGCUUUAGGAGCUGCUUCUUCAGGAGGAUAUGAAGAGAUCAACAGUCUUCGAUUUUCCAACUCUGGUAAACUCCUUCUCGCUGUUUCCAACGAUGGUAGUAUCGCCUCCUGGGUGUACCCUCUUCAACUCACGUCCACUCCAUCUCUCCUUCAAUCUUCAAUCACACAAAUCCCUGAUAAUCUCUCUCUACCAGAAGAUCCUCAAGAAUCAAAUCGCCCCAAAACGCCUCGGGAAAGUACACCAGAAGAAGUACCCAGUCCUGUGGAUCCGGAAAUGAAAAGAGAUCUUCCAGAUGUGGAUAUGCCUGAUCAAUCUCAAGUGGAUGAUUCUGCUGUCGAACAAGUCGAGGAUAUAUCGAUGUUGAGUCGGACAGCUGCCCCCAGUAGACAAGCAACACCCCCUUCGGUACCUGCUCCAAUGAGUAACGAGGAGAAGAGGAAAUCGGCUUUAUUGAAAAGAGUUAGACAUUCGGUGGUUCAUUGCAGUUCGUUGUUAAGUCUAUCUCUGGACCCUACUGGAAAAUUUCUGGCUGUUGGAGGACAAGAUGCGUUGUUGAGUUUGUUCGAUACAAAGGAUUGGAUUUGCGUGAGGACUUUUGAUGUUUGCACGAUGGCAAUACGUCAUUCAGCUUUUUCACCAGAUGGGGAGAUGAUAGCAGUAGGAGGGGAUGAUUCGUACAUUGUUGUUGUCGCAAUAUACACCGGAGCAACUAUUGCCAAAUUCCCAAUAACAGGUUUCAUCAACUCUUUAGCUUGGCAUCCCAAAAGAAAUAUGUUAGCUUGGUCGACCACGGCCAAAACGGUUCCGGUCUGGUAUCUGGUUCAGCAAGAGGCAUGA